CCACCAUCCUAGAGGCCGCCUGGUGAGCAGAGCCUGCGAUCGCUGCCGCCGGCGCAAGGCCAAGGUCAGUCUAGUCCGUUUGCUCCUCGCCGUCUCUCGAUCCCUGGUCCCUGCUCUUCAUAUGUCCUCUCGCUGCCCGGUCCUCCUCCCCUCGUUCCUGUUCCCCCUCCUCCCGUCCCCCUCUCCUGCGUCUGUUGUGCGUACACAACAUACAUACAUACAAUACAUCAGCAUACAUCACAAGCGUCGUGUCGUGCUGUGUUGUGUCGUCUCUGAUGCUGCGCUACUCCCCCGUCUUACACUUGGAUACUCUCGCCUUGCCACCACUGACAAAUGCCCUCCCCCGUCCAAAGUGCGAGUACCUCAGCGCCGUCGAUAGCUGCACGCACUGCCGCGAUGCCCACGUGCAGUGCACUUUCGACCUCCCACUGGCCCGACGCGGUCCCAAAGCGAGGAAGAAGAGCGACCAGCCCGGCCAGCCGCCUCCUGAUCCGAGCUCGCUCUCCACCGCGGCUCGACCCGGCCAGAUGCCGCCGCCGCUGACCUUCGCCGGCCCCGCAGUAGCCGCGCUGCAGCCCUUCGCCUCGGCGUCGCUGUCGCCCGACGCGGCCUGGGAGCCCGUCGAGCCCCUCGGCAUUGACAACGGCCUGCCCCGGCAGCCGCUGGGCGACCUGCCCGGCCUCUCCACCAUCCAAAACAUCUCGACGCGCCAGCGAUGGAUACACCUGGCCAACGCCAUGACGCUGCGCAACACGACGCUAGAGCGCGUCUCGAAGCGCUGCAUCGACCUCUUCUUCGACUACCUCUACCCCCUCACCCCCCUGGUGUACGAGCCGGCCCUCCGGGACGUCCUCGCAUACAUCUUCUCCCAGCCCUUGCCUGGGGUCAACCAACCAUCGCCUCUGUCGCAGCUCACGCCCGACCCGACCACCGGCACCACCCCCCUCAGCGCUGCCGAAUCGUGGGUCGGCUUUGGCCAGCCCAACGGCUCGCGAACCGUCGGCAGCAGGCUGGCUCCCUGGGCUGACUCGACCUUCACCCUGGUCACGGCCGUCUGCGCAGAGGCGGCAUUCAUGCUACCCAAGGACAUUUUCCCCGAAGGAGAAUCCGUCUCUGAGAUCUUGCUCGAAGCCUCCCGAGACUGCCUGCACCAGCACCUCGAGGCCGACCUGGAGAAUCCGACGGCCAACUCGAUUGCAAUCCGGUAUUUCCACUCCAACUGCCUCCACGCUGCGGGGAAGCCCAAGUACUCGUGGCACAUAUUUGGCGAGGCCAUCCGCCUGGCGCAGGUCAUGCAGCUGCACGAGGAGGCUGCCCUCGAGGGGCUCGUCCCCAUCGAGGCAGAGUUCCGCCGCCGCUGCUUCUGGAUUCUGUACCUGGGCGACAAGUCCGCUGCUAUACUCAACAAUCGGCCCAUCACCAUCCACAAAUACUGCUUCGACGCCGGCAUCACCACGCUAUAUCCGUCGGGCAUUGAGGACGAGUUCCUGAGUACGGCCUCCGAGCCUCCCCGAAAGAGCUUCAUUGCCGGCUUCAACGCAAAUGUGCGGCUGUGGCAGUCCGCGGCUGAUUUGCUGCUGGAGAUCCGCGUGCUGCAAGACCAGAUGAUGCAGCACUUCCGAGGGGCCAUGCCCCCCAACCAUGUGCUGCCCUCCGCCGACAGGCAGCACCUCGAUUCUCUCUAUGUUCGCUUCAUCACCUGCUUGGACGAUCUCCCGCCGUACCUCCAGUCGUGCACCUUGGCCAUGGCAGCGAUGGCUGAGGGCAACGGGUCUGCCGAGUCCAAGCAGUACGUGAUACAGUGCAUCAAUCUGCAGGUGACGUUUCACUGCCUUCGCAUGGUGAUUACGCAGAAGUUUGAAGAUCUCUCAUAUUUUGCUCCUGGCGUUGAGCAGGCUGAUCUCAGGAAGUCGGAGAUUGUGCGAGACAUGCUGAGGGUGAUGAACGAGGCGCCCUUUUGGGGCCUCCAGGCCAAUGGCGAGCCAAACGUUGAAAAGAUUCGCCUCAUCGGAGCUAGUUUGCUGGCCAUCAUCCACCGCAACCAGGAUUCACCCUUGGCCACGCGAGCCAGGAGCGACUUUUCCGUGCUUUUGGAUAUUCUCACGCGGCUGGACUCCAAGGCGUCGGACCAGCUGAGGAACACGUCUAAUACCGUUGUUGGCUAAAUGUGAUGUAAAUAUGGCAAGGAUGUUGUUACUUUUCCCUUUCAGCGUUGCUGGGUUUUUUUCCAGCCAGGGGGGACAAAAGGCGGUCAGGGCUGUUUGAUUUAGCAUUUGAGUGUACAUCU